GGGCUGCACCACGACCCCUCCCCUUUCGGCAGGAGCCAUAAAAGCAGCUCCGUCCAGAAGCUGCUGCAUUCGUCUCCAUCCAGAGCCAGCACGCACCUCCAGCAUGACCAGCUUCCAGCGCUCCGUGGCUUUCUCCAGCGGCAGUCGCCUCGGCUCCAUGAGGGCACCUAGUGUCUAUGGCGGCGCCGGGGGCAAGGGCGUUCAGAUCUCUGGUGUCAGCGGCUCCAGGGGCUUCUCCUCCUCCUUUUCUGCUGGAGGUGCCGCAAAGGGCUUUGAUCUGUCCGACGCCAUCGACAUCACCGACAACAAGAAGAUGGCCAUGCAGAACCUGAACGACCGCCUGGCCUCCUACCUGGAGAAGGUCCGCAAGCUGGAGGCCGCCAACGCUGACCUGGAGCUCAAGAUCAGACAGUUCCUGGAGAGCAAGACCAAACCCCAGAGCCACGACUGCACCGCCUUCAUGGUCGUGAUCGGAGAACUGCAAGCCCAGAUCUUGAGUGCUACGUGCUCAAACGGAGGUUUGUACCUGGCAAUCGACAACGCCAAGCUGGCCGCCGACGACUUCAGAGUAAAGUACGAGAAUGAGCUUGCCAUGCGCCAGAGUGUGGAGGGUGACAUCGCAGGGCUGAGGAGGGUCCUGGACGAACUGACGCUGAGCAGAUCGGACCUGGAGAUGCAGGUGGAGUCGCUGAGGGACGACCUCAUCCAGCUCAAGAGGAACCAUGAGGAGGACCUCCUGGCUCUGCGCGCUAACAUGAGUGGACAGGUGAAUGUGGAGGUGGACGCCAAGCCUCAGCAGGACCUGUCUGCCGUCAUGGCCGAAAUCAGAGAACACUACGAAACCGUCGCCGCCAAGAACCGCAGAGACCUGGAAGUCUGGUUCCAGGCCAAGUCGGAGGAGCUCAAUAAGGAAGUCGCCGUGAGCACCGAGACUCUGCAGACGUCUCGCUCCGAGAUCACAGAGGUCAAACGCACACUGCAGAGUCUGGAGAUCGAGCUCCAAUCACAGCUCAGCAUGAAAGCCUCCCUGGAAGCCACCCUGGCGGAGACGCAGAGCCGCUAUGCCUCCAUGCUGGCAGGUUUCCAGAGGCAGGUGACAGCCCUGGAGGAGCAGCUGGCUCAGCUGAGGGCCGACCUGGAGCGACAGCAGCAGGAGUACCAGAUUCUGCUGGACAUGAAGACCCGGCUGGAGCUGGAGAUCGCAGAGUACCGGCGACUGCUGGAUGGAGAGCUGACCAGCUCCUCCUCCUCCUCCACCACCACCACCCGCAAAGUUGUCAUCGUCACCAAGGAGGUGGUCGAGGAUGAAGUGGUCACCGAGAGCUGAGCAGCCGGCGUGAACACGUCGUGGACCGUUCACAGAAACCAAAUAAAAAGCUUCUGAUGAACUGA